GUUUUAACUGCGUUAAAAAAAAACUGAAACCGAUAGAUUGUGUUGCAAGGUGAUAAAACGUGGUUGGGGUCAAAAAGUAUCUUUUCACUCCGACAGUGGAAUUCGUGCACAAAAGCAAAGAUUCAAAGCGACAUUUGAAGUGUGUGGGUCCAUUUGCAACCAUUUGAAACACAACGAUGAGCAUCAAGCUUAUAUUACUUCUCUGCAGCGUUGCGAUCGGCUUGGCCGUGGGAAAACCUACCGACACAACGACCUGCCCAUCCAGAUGUAACUUAUCACACGGAUUCUGCAACCCUAGACAACAAUGCACGUGUUUCCCCGGUUGGGAAGGUCCCGAGUGCAACCAAUGCUCGACGUUGAUUGGUUGUUUACAUGGGUCAUGUGACCGUCCUGGACAAUGCAAUUGUGACGUAGGAUGGGGAGGACGAAAGUGCGAUCGCGAUUUACAAUACUGCGAGCGACAUCGGCCGUGCAGGAACGGAGCAACAUGUAUCAACAAUUUGCUCGGUGGAUUUAAAUGUAUUUGCCCGACCGGUUUAACAGGCACAACUUGCCAGGAGACCGCCACCACAACCCCCCCUAUAACCCCAAGAUCCGGGGGUAAACCACGGUGCUCCAAUGGAGGAACUUGCAUUCGUGGAAACGCCGAACUUGGAUGCGAAUCGUGUCGAUGUCCGACCGGAUUCACUGGACAGCUAUGCGAACAAAUCGUGCGUAUGUGCGUUAUGCGUCCAUGCGCUAACGGCGGGAAAUGUCAAGACGUUAUUGGCAACUUCAGAUGCGAUUGUGCGCAUGGGUACAGAGGACGUUACUGCACUGAAGACAUCAAUGAAUGUACUGUACUUGGUCGGCAUGCUUGUGAGAAUGGUGGAACCUGCGUCAAUAGGUUCGGUGGUUACACUUGCGCUUGCUCGGAUGGUUACUACGGGUCGCGCUGUCAAUCAAAAAUUAUCCAAAUCCAAGCCAGAGUAACUACAACAGUAAAACCAACAACAACAACAACGACAACAACAACAACUGAAGCUACAACAACAAAAUCAACAACGGAAACACUGAAGGAAAUUGUUGUUGUUCCAAAUUUGAAGAAACCAUUCAGGAAAAACAUCAAGGUCACUCACAUCGUUCGCCAGGUGGAGGUAGAGACAUCAAACGGGGAUAUGACGUUUAUCCGUGACGUAGUCGACCACCAAGGACCAAACAGCGCUGAGAACGAAGCUCAAUCGUCAGUGACCACAGUACAGGCACUCACUUUUGCUUUCCUGGGGGUAGCGAUCGCUUUAUUUAUCGGCAUCGUUAUAUUCAUGUGGAUUCAUUGCUCAAAGAAAGGCCGCAACUUACGUCAGCGGUGUACCGGGGAGUCACCGACCGAAGAAACCCCCAUGAACGAGAACAGCCGAGAGCCUUCAAUAGUGAAAACCCGUCAUGCAAGCUACAGCCCACCACAAUAUGUGUUAGAAGAAUGCCAACCAAAACCAGGAUACCCGAUGCGCUCUGUAGCGCUACCUAGCGACGAUAGGGAGCCAAUCGACUGUUUAUACGUCGCCCUCCCAAACAAUUCGACGCCCGAUGUUGCAUCGAUGGCGAAUCGUGUUUUAAACUCUCCCUCUCUCCCCGCUUACGAUGAACGUUACUAGUUCACCGCGAACUUUUCGUUUUUAUUUCUUUCUUUUAUUUUUUUUCUUGCACUGCGACUGUGAUAUUCGUUUUCUACCCACGUAACAAGCACGUGAUUCGUUGUUAAGCGUCCAUGGCAACCGUAUAUCGCCAUGACAACCGACGGAAGCGAAGAAACUUUUCAAACUGCGUUGCUUCACAUUUCUUUUUAUUUCGUUCAUUAUUUUAUCACUGUGUCUUCUGCUAUGUGACGUCACGACCCACGUGACUUCAGCCCACCAAUCAUUACCGUUGUAAGUUCUUUUACCGUCGAUCAAAUAAACGUACUCUCUGCCGA